AUGAAGAGUAGGUUUUACUCGGUGUGGUUGUUGCAGGAGAGGCCGCCGCCGCUGCCGCCGUCCCGCGCGUACACGGUGGCGAACGGCGUGAAGCUGGGCUACCCGCAGCAGCGCGUGCUGGCCGCCGACUGGGCCGACGAGAGCGGCGCGCUGCGGCUGCGCGCCGGCGACACCGUGCUGGCGCUGGGCGCUGCACGCCGUGGCCACGUGGCCGUGCAGGUGCCCACUCCGUUGCUCUCUGACCGAGCAAAGACUUCUGCGUCUCUUCUCUGGACGCCGAACGGGAUUGUUAGAGUAACUGGCUUA